AUGUUCUGAAUCCGGGCUAGAAGCAGGUAUCCCCGAUGGCUGAUUUUGAUGCAAUAGGUUAUAGCGAAGUUUUGUUAUCUGCGAAAAGCCUCAUUAAUCCGUCGGGAAGAAGGGUGUCACUAUGGCGGCGACCCGCUCGGAUACUAAUUCAUCAUUACGGAUAGCGGUCUACCAAACAAAAUGAGAUGUUUGAAAGUUUCUCGACUCGUCGCCGUCCCGAAACAUCGUGAUUACCUACCUAGGGUUGAAAUCUGUAAGUUGAAUAAUUCAUAUAUAUCGUUCUCAAAUUAUUCUGGAAGCUUUUAGCAAUGUAGUAUCGAGACCCACACUCCCUCCACGGUAGCCUAUCACAUCGCCGAGAUGCCUUGUAGGCUAGCGAUAACAUCUAUAUCUCUUGGACGCUGCUCUGCGGGCCAUUCGAUCAUACGCAAGCUCGAUGUAGCGAAGCUACAUGGCUACAACGGCAUAGAGCUAUUCCACGAGGACCUCCUCAAGGUUGCGGAACAAUUGCCCGGAGAUUUUAUACAAAAUUGUGAGCUACAGGCCGCACAUGCCAUAUAUAAGCUAUGCCAAGGAAGGGGGCUUACAAUAGUGUCUCUUCAGCCGUUCUUGCAUUACGAAGGCUUAUUGGAUCGCCAAGCACACCUCAAGCGUCUAGAACAACUCUUGUUCUGGUUCAAGCUAGCACGAGCUCUCCAUACCGAUAUCAUACAAAUCCCAUCGAACUUUCUUCCAGCCUCGGAACUUUCCGAAGAUCCCCACGUGGCUAUCGAGGAUCUUAAGGAAGUGGCCGAUUUAGGCCUCCGACAAAAUCCACCGAUCCGAUUCACAUAUGAAGCAUUAUGUUGGGGAACGCGUUGCGACUUGUGGGAGCAUAGUUGGGAUAUAGUCCAGGCUGUUGAUCGACCUAAUUUCGGUCUUUGCCUGGACACGUUCAAUAUUGCCGGGCGCAUCUAUGCGGAUCCUUCCUCGCUAACAGGCCGAACACCAGAUAGCGAUCAAGCCGUACAAGAGUCUAUAGAUCGUCUCAAAGCCAUCGUGGACGUCCGUAAAGUCUUCUAUGUACAGGUAGUCGAUGCCGAGAAACUCGCCAAGCCUCUAGUGCAAGGCCAUGAAUUUUACGACGCCGAGCAACCAGCGCGAAUGAGUUGGUCUAGGAAUUGUAGAUUGUUCUAUGGCGAAAAGGAUCGUGGUGCAUAUCUACCCGUUGCAAAAAUAUCGCAAGCGAUUUUUCAAGGCCUCAAAUUCGAAGGAUGGGUAAGCAUGGAGCUUUUCAACCGAAGAAUGCAGGAUGAGGACAAGGAGGUACCAGAAGAACUGGCAAGCCGAGGUGCCCUUGCUUGGCGUAAAUUAGUGGAAGAUAUGCGUCUAAAAGUCGAUCCCCCCCAGGGCUCCGAGGCAUCCAUCAACGGCGUCCAGAGGCCGGUUGGAGUCCCGUAGAACGGCAAUGAACCCCAAAGCGAGCACCUCGAAUUUACUCAAUGUCCCCUCGUUUGAGCAAUUCGGGCCGUUGUGAUGAAACCUACCCACCCCGACAUCUGUACAUAAGACGUGGGUUCAUCUCAAAAUUUUCAGCCAGAAAAACCAUCUGAGCACCUCAAUAGAACUGC